CCAAAGUUAGUGGCAUUUCGGUCGUCUGAACAAUUGGAUGUUGGGAGUAUUUGUCGGUCUUUCGGGAUUUAUCUUUCACACGUGCUGUAUGGUUUUAUUCUACCAUAGAAAACAAAAAGAAAAGAAAGAAAAAAAAAUUAUAGAAAAGUAUCUCAAAGUUCUUUACCCUUGUCAAUUUUUGCGCGAGAGAAAUUACCUACCUAUAAUAUCUUACCUAUGCUAUCUUUUGGUGUGAAAUUUUGGUUCUCGAAGUAAUGAAAAAUAAAAAUGUUGCCUCUUAGUACUUAGGAGUUCUCGAGAGGAGCUCGAGACGGUUACAAGUUCCGGGGUUAAUUACUUUCGGUAUAAAUCAGUCAAGAUUUAUUCUCACGGCACGCGAUACAAAUGUGCGUCGAUUAAAAUUUAAAGUUUUACAAACCCUUUCGUAUUUUAUGUGUUUUAUGUUGAUGUUCUUUUUGUUUUGAAAACAAAAAAAAUUAAACAAAAAAAAAAGUAAAAGAAAAGUACAAUAACAAAGGAAACAAAAAAAAAAAUCAACCGUUACACCCUUGGGAAUAUCCAUCCCUCGUAGCAAUUAAUCGUCAAUAAUGAACUUUAUUUCCUGAAUGUUGUUUACCCCAUGUUUAAUUUUGUUUUAAUUUAAAAUUUUCAAUUUUGUUGAAUUACAAUAAUUUGAUGGAAGGCAACUUAAUUAAGCGUGCAACUUAAAUAAACACCGGAUUAAUGAAUAAAUGUGAAUGCUGAUUGAAGCGAUAUCAAUAUGAAUUUAUUUAACUGAUGACUUCUCCAUACGACAACAAAUAUACACAAAAAAGGAUACAAAACACCAUGAAUAUAUUUUUUUGUUUGCCAAUAACAAGGGUCAGUGCACAGAAAACACGAAAACAAAUUAAAUAAAAUACAAAAAAAAAAAGAAUUAUAAAAAUAAACAAACAAAGUGUACAACAAUUAAAAGAUUUAUUUAAAAUAAUCAAAUAAUUUUUUUUGUUAUUUUGUAAAAAAGUAGAACAGAAAAAAUUUUACCACCGAAUGAACGGUGAUUCUAAACAAGGAAAUAUUUUUUGUUCUUGUAUAUUUUUUGUUGUGUCGUUUUGUUCUUUAAAAUUGAAAAUCAUAAAAUAAAUUGCAACACGGCAAAAAAAUUUAUAAAAAAAUGUCGUCGUUUUAUGUCACGCUUGGCAUCUUUUUGAUGAGGAUUUUUAUUGUUUCGAGUGAUUCAACUACAUCUUCGAUGAGCAACAGUAUUAACGGUGGCAGCAAUGGCGGUAGUGGAAAUAAUGGAGUCAGUUCCGGUGUAGCUGCAUCGAAUGCAAUUACAGCCAAUAAUGUUGUUACAGAAGAUCCUGAGUUUACGGAUGUCAUAGAAAAUAUCACCGUGCCAGCCGGAAGGAAUGUCAAACUGGCGUGUUCUGUCAAAAAUCUAGGCUCCUACAAGGUGGCGUGGAUGCAUUUCGAACAAUCAGCAAUCCUUACAGUACACAAUCAUGUGAUCACACGUAAUCCACGAAUUAGUGUGACACACGAUAAGCACGACAAACAUCGAACAUGGUUCCUGCAUAUCAAUAAUGUCCAAGAAGAGGACCGAGGUCGUUAUAUGUGUCAAAUUAAUACAGUGACAGCAAAGACGCAAUACGGUUUUGUCAAAGUUGUCGUUCCUCCGAACAUAGACGACUCCUUAACCUCAAGUGAUGUCAUCGUACGAGAAGGUGACAAUGUUACAUUACGAUGCAAAGCAAAAGGUAGCCCAGAACCAUCAAUCCGAUGGAAACGAGACGAUGGUAAUAAAAUUGUCAUAAACAAAACUUUAGAAGUAAUUGACAUGGAAGGUGAAGCUUUGGAACUAGAACGUAUCUCUCGACUUCAUAUGGGUGCAUAUUUGUGCAUAGCAUCGAAUGGUGUGCCCCCUAGUGUUUCGAAAAGGAUCAAAGUUAGUGUAGAUUUCUCGCCAAUGGUGUGGAUUCCCCAUCAGUUGGUCGGUGUGCCGAUGUAUUUCAACAUAACGCUGGAAUGUUUCAUCGAAGCUAAUCCAACUUCACUGAAUUACUGGACACGAGAAAAUGACCAAAUGAUCACUGAAUCUGGCAAGUACAAGACAGAGACACUGCCGGGAGUACCAUCGUAUAAGGCAACUAUGCGGCUUACUAUAACAAAUGUUCAAAAGAGUGAUUACGGCAGCUAUAAGUGUGUCGCCAAAAAUCCUCGUGGUGAAAUGGAUGGCACUAUUAAACUAUACACAUCAACACCCCCAACAACAUUACCACCACCAACAACAACUACUAUUCAUCGCACAACAACGACAACAACUAAAUUUGGUUUCAAUACCCCAACAUAUGGAGAUAUUCCAACGAAUUCAAUAGUUGCUUUAGACAAAAGUGGUUCAAAAUACCAAUCAAAUUUGAAUGAAAUUGACAAAUCUGAACAAAAACUUACCGGUGACAGUCCCAAAGGAUAUGAUUGGUCCAAGGAUAAAAGUUCAGCGACGACGUCGCUAAUCUCAGCUCAAGCUAAAUGUUUGGCAAAUUACUUACAUGCUCCCAUAUUGGUUUUAGCACAUUUAAUAUUUAUCAGAAGAUUUUGUUGCUAUACACUCAACUAACCUUCGAUUCAAUUUGUAAAACAAAUCAGCGUUAAAAAUAAUAAUUAUUAGCAUUUAUAAAAAAUAAAAAACUAAUCUGAAGAAAAAAGAGGAUAAAAGUAUAUAUUUAUAAAAAAAAACACAUGGAAGCCUGAAAAAUAUUAUUUUUGUUCAAUGAAAAAAAAAAAAAAAAAAUUAUAGUGUUUUUAAGUAAAAACAGAAAAUCACCUAAAAAUAUACUUAAAAAAAAACAACACAUUGUUAAGUAUUGAAAAUAGAUAUUAAAUUAAAAAUG